ACCCUUAUUUCAUAGUUGGACGAUAUAUCAGAGUCGAGCAACAAAAUUCAUUCAUCAGAUUUGCAACUGAUGCCAUGAAGUGACGAAGUAUUUAGUUGUCGUCUCUUACAGACUAGUCUCAAGAGGUAGGAGGAAGGAGACAAUUGUGUUUGGAUCUAGGUUACAAGUUGCAUUGGUACAAAGUGGAUAUAGGACUGCCUACAUUGUACAAACUACCCGUGGCCAAAUACCCGGACCGGGUCCAUUGAACUCAAUCCAAAAACAUCCCGAUCCUACAGUCUCACCAACAUCUUCAGCAAACGCAAACACAAGAGACUUGCUUCGUUGGAGAGGAGGUGUGCUCUCUCCGAAAUUCCUGGACCGAGCACCACUCGAGUUAAUUGUGACUGGAGUGUUUAAUAACAAUUUCCACUUAAUCGGCGUUGUUGUACUAUUGCAAAUAGUAAGGCCAUUUUAGUUAUGAGCAAUCUAAAAUUUAAACAAUGACAAUAAAAAUCCCUAGGAAGUUUUUAGAACAGAAGAAAAACUUGUAAGUAUAUUGUGAGCCAUGUCUAAUCCACGGCUAAUAAUGACGCAUCUACCAGGGACCAGUGCGGCUGGUAAACAUGCUUUUUGAAGAAAGUGGUAUUAGGAGAAUUACAGUGGUGUGGUACUCAAGAGGGGGAAGGAAUUGUGUGUAGUGAACGCGACAAGUCAUCGCAAAUCCUGUGCAUGAGUCAUUCAUUCGCAUUAUUGAUUGCACAUUCAUAUUGCGAAUCCCUUAUUUUGCUGGGGUGGUUGGUUGGUUGGUUAGAGAGACAAUGACGAGUCAGAUAAAGCAAUGAUGCGAAUUCUUCCUGAAAGCAUCACCACAAAUCUUGCUCACACUUGCAUAGUUGACGCGUUCCUUUCUUAGUUAAAACUGCUCAACAAAGUUGUCCCCAAAUCUUUUAAUAUUCGGAAAUGAAAAAGAAAUUGUCAAUAUUCGUAGAUGUUGUUCUGAAGAAUUAAUAAUCAAAGUCUACGACCAGGCUUAAUUUUCUUCAAAUAUGGAAGAUCCCGACCUUCAGGAUAGCAACGAUCUUACCACGAUCUCUGACAUCAAUAUUGAAAAGGUGAAUAGUGUGUUAGUCAAACGGUACAACAGGGAUGUGGUUUACACAUAUUCCGGAAGCAUCUUAAUUUCGGUCAACCCUUAUAAAGAGUUGCUCCAUAUAUACGAUGAGUUUUAUAUGAACAAGUACCACAAUGCAAGUUCAGGGGCUUUCAGUCUACCCCCGCACAUUUACAAUAUCGCAGAGUCAGCGUACGUGUCCUUGAAGCGGACUGGGAUCGACGCGUCGAGUGGUGACUUUAAGUGCAACCAGUCUAUUGUGAUAAGUGGGGAAAGUGGUGCAGGCAAAACCGAAAGUACUAAAUUUAUUUUGAACUACCUCUGUCACAUUACAUCGCAGAGUUCUUAUCAAACUGUAUCCACGUGGGUUGAACAUCAGAUCCUUGAAGCUAACACGAUCCUUGAAGCUUUUGGAAACGCCAAGACUCAGCGUAAUGAUAAUAGCAGUCGGUUCGGAAAAUUUAUGCAAGUCUGUUUUGACUCUAAAUGGAUGAUUCGAGGAUGUAUUAUUCAAGAUUAUUUGUUGGAACAAAGUAGAAUUACUUUUCAGACCAAGGAUGAACGGAACUAUCAUGUUUUUUAUCAACUCACCAAGGCUGCUGAGCUAAGCCAAGAUUUGAGUAAACAGUACCAUGUUAAAUCAGCCCAAACGUACAAAUAUCUCAACCAAUCUGGAUGUAUCAAUCUCAAUGGAGUUGAUGACUCCAAGAGAUUCGACCAACUUCGACUGGCUUUCAACGUUCUACAAAUCCCAGCCAAUUUUACUGAUGGAAUUUUUAAAACGAUCUCUGCUAUCCUUUGGCUGGGAAAUUUAGAGUUUGCGGAAGUCGUUGACGAUGUUGAGGAGCGGUGCACCUUGUCCAAGAUUGAUAUGGACGUCACGACAGGAACAAUUUCAUCUCUACUUGGUCUUCAACAAGCUGAUCUUCAACACAUUUUACUAACGAGGCAAAUCAAUGUGAGAGGCAACAUCACGGAAAUUCCUUUAAAAAAACAAGAGGCCAAUGAAAAUAGGCAUGCCAUGUCCAAAGCCUUAUACUCGAGAACAUUUGCUUGGCUCAUCAGUCACAUUAACACGUGCACAAAUCCUGGACAAGAUGCCAGUAAAUUUCUAGGUCUCUUGGAUAUUUUCGGAUUUGAAAAUUUUGCCUGCAACAGCUUUGAACAGUUCUGCAUAAAUUUCGCUAAUGAGAAGAUGCAUAAAUUUUUCAACCAAUAUGUUUUUUCGAUUGAACAAGAAAUUUACCGGGCUGAGGGCAUCAAAUACAGUCAUAUCGAGUUUACAGAUAAUACACUUUGUCUGGAACUGAUAGAGAAGCCUCCCCGAUGUCUUUUAAAGUUGUUAACCGAACAGUGUCAUUUACCAAAGGGCUCUGAUCUGGCGUAUUUGAACAACAUUACCACCGAGUUUCACAACUCCAACGCAUGCUUCAUCAAACCUGAAGAUCGUCGUAAUUGGGAAAAGGAAUUCACAAUUGAGCACUAUGCUGGACCUGUCACAUACAAAAUCGAAGGGUUUGUGGACAAAAAUAAAGAUGUGCAACAAGACCUCUUUUUCCAUUUCAUUAGCGAUUCUGAAAACGAAUUUGUUCGAGAGUUGGUGAACUAUCAAGAUCUUCUGACCACCACUUUGGCCAGAGUGUCGAAUGCAGGGGAAAAAGCCGGAGUGAACACCAUGGGAAGAAAUGCAAACACUAAUAAAUGCAAACCCACAGUAAGUGAGGCGUUUAGAAUUCAACUUGGGACAUUAGUUGAAGUAUUGCAGAGUACUACCCCCUGGUAUAUUCGAUGUAUAAAACCAAAUAUGGACAAAGAGCCAAACAAUUAUGCCACCAACUUGGUCAUGGAUCAGCUAAAGUACUUGGGCAUGUUGGAAAUUAUACGAAUUCGACGUGAGGGCUACCCCGUGCAUUUUUCUUUUGAGGAUUUUGUAAAACGCUAUAAAAUUUUGGGAAAGUACAGAACGUAUCCACCAAAGAAGGAGAUUACCAAAGACAUUCUACAAAGCUUUAAAUUUCCAGUCACUGAGUGGCAAGUGGGACACAAUAAAGUUUUUCUCAGAGGAAAGAUAUACGAACCUUUGGAAGAGAAAAGGCUAGCUGUUUUUAAUAUCAAAGCCACUAAAAUUCAAGCAAUUUGGAAAGGAUUCCGGGUUCGAAAAAAUUACACUGGGAGACUUCGUGCCACGCUAAUAAUUCAGGCGUUUUACCGAACCUGGAAACUUCGACUUAAAUUUCUUCGGAAACGUCGUGCCGCAAUUGUUAUCCAAUCUCAUCUACGAGGAAUGUUUGCUCGAGAGGUGGCGGUCGCCCUGAGAGAAAUGCGAAAGGUUGAAGAAGCCAUGCGGAAACAAGAGGAGUACAACAAUAAGCGCAAAUCCAUAAUCCAGCAACAAUCAGAAAACGGGUCUUCGAUUGAAGACGGGUCGCUCGACAGCAGUCAAGAAGCGAAAGAAGAGUUGGAUAAACUCGCCAGAGAGUUAUCAGAAAUGCAGUCAGCAGGCGGACUUGGUGGGAAGACAAGCGGUUUUGAGAAUUUGUUCUCUUUCCUCACAGAAGCCAAAGAUAAUGACGCAGCCGCAGCUGCAGAAAUUCACCGAAUCAUCAGCUCUACAGUGAACCAUAAAAAUGAAACACCAUCAGAAAACGAUUUAGAGACGCUUGGUUCUCAAAUGGAUUUGCUUGUUGCCAAUUUAGAGGAUGAGUUGGAAAGUCAAGCCACGACAACAACAAAUAAUAGAGGGUCACACAAUUUGAGUUCUUUGGAAUCGGAAUAUGAGGAUGACAUGACGGAAGAAAAUGACCACAUUCGCCGUGAUAAUGGAAAUUCAAGUGACAUUCCCCCAAGCCCACCUGCGCUCCCACCUCCAGGAGAAAACAUGAUUUGCCCACCACCACCUCCCAGCACUAUCAUUCUAAACAAAUUCGGCAAAUACCAACCAACUCUCCCGGAGCCGAAGGUGCCUCCUCCACCAAUUCCACCUGGGGCCAUUACAGGAGCUAAUAACAAGACCGGAGGCCAAGUCAAUCUCAUGAAACCGACCCUGACUGCAGCGAUGGCCAAGCAACAAGCAGUCGCACGGACUCGUCAAAAUAAUCAAGUCAAUACGUCCCAAGAAACGCAUCCCGGAAAAAUAGUCGACGUGAAAGCACAGGUGCAGAGAAAAACGACGACGGUACGCAAUGGAAAUGAAGAGCCAAUCUACGAAUCUAUUCAACCAAGACAUGAUAUCAGCAAUGGCGUUCAGUCCACGCCUACUCCUCCCACCUCCGCAGAUGCUCAACUACUCAACAAACAUAGGGAUCGAGAUUCUAUUGAAUCCACACAGUCCACCAAAUCGUGGAAAUUUAUGGGUUCUACUGGUCAAACACAAGGUCAUGCGGUAGUAAAUUUGACACCCAAACCAUUGGGAACCGCAGCAGAUAGCGGAAUGUCUGGCCCACCUCAACCUCCAGCCGCACCACCACCUCCUCCUCUUCAACAAAAUAUGAACAACAACAACAUUCCGAAUGGUCCCAACGUGACCACAAAAAUUUUGCAGAAACCACCUCUGCCUCAGGUUCCAAAAUUUCAAUCACGUACCACCCCUCCAAUAACGAUGAAUGGAAAUAUUCAUCCGCAGAGAAACAUUGUAACUCGAAAGCUGCAAGAAUUAACUACAACCCAAGCACAUUCUGGUGGUGCUGUCCCAUCACCAAUUGCUGCCAAUGUCAACCAAAAUCAGAGCAAUUGCAAUGUACCCGACAACAAGAACGAUCACCUUGUGGACGAGUUUCCCAUGUUGGAGUUUGCUCUGCAGUAUUUCAACGACUGGGAGAACAAGGGGGAUUUUUUGUUAUCCAAGCGGUCCACUACGUCCACCAAAGAAAACAUUGUUCCCAAAGCUGAAAUGAUUUGCUACACAAAAAGUAGCACCAUUCCAAAUUCGCAUUUACAUCUGUAUGAUCCAUCAAACAUCAGCAUAAGCAUCACCAUGUUCCGAGAUUUGCAAAAGUAUGCCCGAGCAGAAUUCAAACCUGAAACAGAGCUCCAGUUUAUUCAAAAUUUAAUAUCCUAUGGCUUAGAAAGGGAUGAAAUUCGAGAUGAAGUGUAUGUUCAAAUCACUAGACUCAUCAAUCAAAAUGAGAGCAAUGAACAAAUUGAAAAAUUGUAUCUCCUCUUAUGUCUUGUAAUCGUGUCAUUCCAACCCAGCAAGGUUUUCUCAAAAUACUUGCUCUCAUUUCUUAACAAGAACUAUCAAGAGAGCAGGAUUUCAGAUCAAGUUGAGUGGGUCAGAGAAAAUCUGAAGAGAAAUUCAAACGUGCUGAAUUUCUGCAGAAGAUUCCCACCCAGCUCGGUGGAGGUGCAAGCUAUGAGCCGAUUGGGGACUAUUGUGUGCCGCUUUUUCUUCCUGGAUGGUCGAACUAAAGCGAUUGAUAUAAGCCCGAUGGACACUGCUUGGGACGCCAUGGUCAAGCUAUCGGAAAAAAUUGGGCUCACCACCGUGGACAACACUUGGGCAAUUUUUGAAUGUGGAAAAACUCACGAAGAACAUAUUCCGAAGCAUCAUUAUAUUUAUGACAUUAUCGCCAAGUGGGAGCAGGCGACCUUGCAACCACAAAUUCAGAAAGAAGGAAUGUUGUCUAACACGGUGGGAACGUUAAAAAAACAAAGGAGCACCACCUCCAACGCAAACUCUCUUGGAUCAUGUGGAGACAAUCGGUUCAUAUUCAAGAAACGAUUGUUCAAACAAAGUUGCCGAGAAAUUCCUCAGCUUUCUCCUGAGGUGAACCUUCUAUAUGCUCAAGCUGUCCAUUCUGUCGUAAAACUCGACGCUUUUCCAAUUUCGGAGAAAGUAGCUCUCCAACUUUCCGGACUUCAGUUGCAAGUUCUUCUUGGAACGCCGACAACCAAUAACACUGAAAAUUAUACGGCAGUAGAAAAUUAUCUUCCAUCUCGAAUACUUCGGAUGCGACCUCAUGCUCAAUGGGUGCAAAUUUUGGCUCAAGCACACAAGCAAUAUGGAUCAGGAAAGAGUGAAUUGGUGUCAAAAAUUUAUUUCUUGUCUUGUGUGAUGCAAUAUCCUUUGUAUGGAACAAGUUUAUUCGACGUUGUGUAUCGUGGUUAUUGGCUUUACGGGAACACACUUUUGCUCGGUAUAUCCAGCGAUGGAAUAUCAAUGAUCAAGUCGGACGACAAGUUCAUCAUGUACGAAUAUUCGUACGACCAAAUUGAGUCUGUCCAGUUACAAUCCUCGGAGAACCUGAUAACCAUAAAUCUGAACCGUUCUCUUCCCCCAGACACACACAAAUGUUUCGUAUUUGAGACCAAAUCAGCAUCAGAAAUAGCCAACCUCAUCACCAGCUAUGCUCCAACACUUGCUUCCUCCGAUAAUAAAACUACAACGAUUCGAAAGUUAAAACAAAUUACAAACGAGGAUCGAUUCCGGCUGUACCAAAACUUGAUCAGUUGUAGAAAACUGUUGAUAGAAAAUGGAAUUUUGAGAAAACCAAAGGACAACUAUAACUUGCAAGUUAAAUUAAAAAGUACCCUAAGACGUUUAAGCAAGUCAAAGAUGAAUGAACAAUGGCAACGACAAUUUGUUAGAAGAUUUGAGCAAUUUGAGUAUGAGACGGACUUUCCAGUCGAGUACUUUUCAUACUCAAAGUAUCCUAUCACCAGCGCAUUAACUGUGCUGGAAAAUGAAGAAGAUAAUCUUAACGCCAUUAACGUUUUUCAAAUGCUACUGCAAUUUGCGGGGGUCCUGGGUCAGAUCAUUGCGACUGAAGAAGAUCAAGCAUCUCAUUUGCAAUCCGUGUUAGAAAAGUGCUGGCGUAAGGAAUCAAUGAUUAACGAAUUGUUUUCCCAACUAAUUAAACAAACAACGGAUCAUGCCGAUCCGAACAGCAAAGUCAACCAGAGGAAUUGGGCAGUGUUGAGUUUAAUCUGCUCUCUGGUUCCUCCGAACAAUGCUUACGUUCGGAAAUAUCUCUUUGCACAUUUGAAGCGCUGUGGAACAGACACUGUAACAGAAGAAGGAAGAUUUGCACGUUUUGCUGAGAAGUGUCUACAAUCUACAAUAAGCGCAAUCACAGCACACACUGGAGGAACAAUUGCAACUCAACAUCGGCGCCAAUGGUCGCCAUCCAAGCAGGAAAUUCUUUGCACCAUAAACCGCAAACCUUUGACAGCCCGAUUCUUCCUAAUGGAUGGCAAAUACCAUGUUCUCAACUUCACGCCCAACGACACUGCCAGCGAUUUGCUUCACGGUUUAAUGGCAAAAAUUGGGCUCAGUGAAUCUGUCAGAGGAUAUUCUCUGUACGAGCUUGGUAGCGUCGGUAACUGGGAGCGCUCCCUUCUCCCUAAUGAACGCCCAGUGGAGGUGAUGGCCAGAUGGGAGAAGCAAAGAAGUACAAAUCAGCAACUUCAGUUUAAAUUCGUCAUGAAGAAACACUUAUUUACCGAAGUCGAACUUUCUGACCAAGUAGAAAAGGAACUAAUUUACCACCAGCUUCUUCACCAGGCGAGGAAUGAUAGAUUUCCCGUGUCAGAAACUGAAGCUGCUAUGCUGGUGGCUCUCCAGGCCCAAUUAGAGCUGGGUGACUAUCGAACUUCUUCAAACUCAGCAGAGUUUCCAGACUAUGUCAUGGUGUCAUCACGCUGUCUCCCCACGAGAAUCGCUGCCAGUGUGAGUCAUGAAGCGGUCGCACGACAUCAUCAAAGUCUGAUUGGAACGCCCAGCUCACAAGCGAAGCAGGCAGUACUGAACCUCCUUAGAUCUUGGCCUCUGCACAGAGCGAGCAUUUUCGAUGUCACGCAAUCUUUCACUUCAAACUGGCCAAGAACACUGUGGCUGGCUGUGGAUCAACAGGGAAUUCAUCUUCUCCAACAAAGAACGAGGAACACUCUCUGCUCCUUCGAUUACGAGAUGAUAAUUUCGUACAGUCCGAGUCCAACAUGUUUUAUGCUCGUGACUAACGACUUGCAACAGCAACAGAGUGGCAAUCCAAAGCCGAGUAAAGUAAUUCUCAAUACAAAUCAAGGGUAUCAGAUUAGUCAGUUAAUGAAGGAGUAUAUUCAGCUAGUUCUUAGUGAGACGCAAAAGUUGCAAGAAGAAAGGAUGCAGAAACUUAUUCAACAAAGGCAACAGCAGUAAAGUAUAUAAAUACAUAGAUUAGACCUAUGUAUGCAUGAUUAGACAGACAGGGUUACACGCAUAACGAUGUAUUAAUAUUGGUUCGUUUUUUAAUCGUUUUAGCAGUUUUACUGAAAACACAAAAUCAACGUCGCAUAUUUGUUUUAGAAUUGAGACUGAUUGUUAUAAUUAUCGAAUUAAGUCGGCACGCACACAAGUUGACUUAUUCACCUUUGACUGAUUUUAUGAGUUUUAUGUAUGGACAUUGGACCUUGGUCGUUAGGUUUAACCGUUCAUUUUUUUAUUGAUCACAAAUUUGUCAUCAUAAGUUAAUAGGUAGAAAUAUUCUUAGAAACUAUCUGCUACAACCUACAACAGAUCUAGUCAAAAUAAUCCACAAGGUUAAUGCACAGUCAACAUCUUGCAAAGAUAACUAGACUCUCAGUAAACCACCGACAUUGUAUUCUCAUCUUUUUUACUGCUGAUAGAUUCACUUCAGGCAAAUAUAAUUAAGAUAAUUGAUAGCUAGAUCGCUUGCAUUGACUGCAACAUAACUCAUCGAUUCUUAUAUUCUGUCGCUUUAACAUGUUGCUCAUUUUAAGCCUUUGUAUCCCGAAAUGGAUCUUCAACUCAACCUGCUUCCUAUAUAAAAUACUCAAUAACCUGGAAGAUUAUUAGUUUGAUAAGCAGAAUUAGCAGAAAUGAAAGCUUAUUUGUUAUUGUUCUUCUCGUACAGCAAACUAAUUAUGAUGAGAGAUGAUGAUGAACAUUUAAUUCUCCAUUCUCGCACCUCUUGAGCAAUUUAAACAUUUUGAAUACUCGUUAUUAUCAUUAAUUGGAUACAAAACUUGUCAACAACCCGGAAAACGUUAUGUAAUUGACCUAACCCAUUGCAACGAGACGACCUAAAAUUAGCAUAAUAAAUUGAUGGCCCUAACCAAUGAUAUUGUACUUGUUUACACUAGAUAAAUUUAUUUAUAGACUUGUGAUCAGUGUAAACAAAUUAUAUUGGCAUGCAGAAAUCCAUGUACGCAACAUAGCACAUAGCAUUAAUACGGUAAUCGUUACAUAUUGAACUGUUUUUGGCUCUGGACUUGUAUCUGUAAUAAAGAUAAGAACGAAAUAA